CACUUUCUGAGCUGGUUUCUAUGGUGACAUAGAUUUUUUUUUCUGAUUAUCAUUUCGUGCCAUCUGAUUGAAAUCUGAUUUGAAAAAAAUAUCCCUAUCCGCAAUGGCCGAGGUAAACCAUCGCACGUUCAAUGUUCAGCACUCUUCCGGUUCAGACGAACUUUCUUGCACUUCGGAGGAUAACAAACGGCGCAUCCGGAAAAUGAUAGAGGUGACUCGUUCGACGCGGUACACGACGUUCGUGGAAGGUGAUGAUGGAACGAACGAUCCAAGUUUGGUCCCAAGUAGGGUUGGUGGCAAUCGGAAGGACUUUCUCACAACCAGUAUGGCCGUGAUGGAUUCAAGCCUGGGAAACCUACAGGAAGCAAUCGGUGACGAUAAGUAUCAAUUCGCUGCCAAGUGCCACUAUAAGGCUGAUCAGUUUAUGGAGCGUCUGCAAAAAAUUGAUGAGAAUGUGGGGGAAUGUGCCAAAACGGUGGAAAAGCACCAGCACCUAAAGGCCAAGGUGCUUGUCAGAAGGGGACAGAUCAAGGAAAAGCUCCAGGAUGUAAUGGAGGUCAGUCGGAAGAAACGUGCGAAUCGAGAGAAGAUUCUGAUGAGCCUCAUGAAGAAGAUGUGCUGAGUUCCUUCCUACAAACAUCACUCUGAGUCCACUCAUGCAGAAAAGACUAAUUUUGUGCCCUAUAAA